AUGGAAACGGGUAGGUGUCAUCGACGGCACACUCUCUUGAUGAAAGUCGUGUGAUGAUUGUUACACAAAAGAUCAAUUAUUGACAAUUGAAAACAUACAUAUUUAUGUACUUAUUCCUAUAGACACAAGACAGAAAAUGGGGCCCCAGACUGGGGUGAUGCCUUUGAAGGAUAGGUCCAUGGUGAAGUUAAGAGCCUGAUCAUUUCAUUCUUAAUAGGGUAGCCUCAGGCAAGAAACUAGCCCUCAGGCUUAGUCCUAUAAGAGCAGUAUGGUAAUGAUGUCACUCUUUCGAACAGGGUUGUUAUAGGGAUUACUAAGAUAAUGGUACAUUUUGGACAAAUGUACUGUGGCUUAAUAAGCUGAGAUGUCCACUUUUGCCUAUGCAUGUAGCCCUUUUUCUUCUGCCUCUGCAGCCUGAACCAAACGUGGACAUCUUCAAUUAAACAUAGUUUCCUCUUUUGUCCAAACUAGGAAACUGUGAUUACUAACUUCAAGAUUUUAAACCAUGGUUUGAGAUCCUGUCUUGUCCUAACCAUAGUUUCUUUAUCUGGACAAAAUGAGAAACUGUGGUUAGCUAUAAAUUUCUGCAGUUCAUUCAGGUACAACACAAAGAGAGGAGAGGAGAGGCCAUGUAUGUAAGCAAAAGGUUCUUGUCUGCACAUUUCAGCCUAUUAAUCCAAUGUGUGAUUGUUGAAAUGCAGCCAAUGUAUUGUGUGAAACAUUUGAAAAUGUGUUAUGUAAAUUCUACCUAGUAUUUAUUUAUUUAGCAAAAUUUAUAUGCUGCUUGAUUGUAACAAAAAUUCUUCUAAGUGAUUUAGAAGAAUAAAACAUUAUCAUUAUCAAGAAAAGGCAAUCACUGAGCAUUUGGCAGACUGGAACCCACUAACUACGCACACAGGUUUGUGACAAAAUCUGACACAUUAAUCUUCUGUUUCAGGGGGAGGAGAUGGAACUGGGGGAAACUUAAUAUUUUGUUCAUAUUUUGUUGAAAAUCAAUAAAAAUCUUUUAUAAGAGAAAAUUAAAAGACAAUCAAAACGAGGUAUUAAAAAUUUCCAAAAGAUAAUUAAAAUCAACACCAAUAUAAAGAUAGAUUAAAGCAUAUGUGAUAUUUUCUACAUGUCUCUGGAUAGGUUGCCUAAACAAAAAUGUUUUAAGCAGGUGCCAAAAAGAAGAAAGCGAAGGUGCCUGAUUUCAAUAGGCAGGGAGUUUCAGAGUGUAGCUGUUGCCACACUAAAAGAUCAAUUUCUUACAAGUGUGAAACAAAUAUUAUUUGGCACCAGUAACAGUCCCAGUUCAGUGGAUCAAAUUGGCUGAGUGGGCAUAUAUGGAGUAAGGCAAUCCUGCAAGUAAGUGGUCGUCUUCUUGAUAGCUCAAUUGGUUAGGGCAUGGUGCUGUUAACACCAAGGUCACAGGUUUGAUCCCCAUAUGGGACAAUGGGACAGCUGAAUAUUCUUGCUUUGAACUAGAUGAUCCCCAGGGUCCCUUCCAAUUCUACAGUUCUGUGAUUCUGGUCUUUUGUGCCAACUAGGAGUGGGUGGUGGCAAUUACCUGACCUCCUAUUACCAACAUUGCCAUGGCUUAUCAGGAGGGGAAGGGAUGAGGUUGCAGUGGUGCUAAUGCACCUACAGAGGCACUGGAUUGACUCUGCUGCGUGUUUGCACUGUGCCAAUUUCAGUAAGCUCAGCUCCGCCACUGACUGCUACUGGUACCGACCUUGUACAUAUUACAAGAAUCUUAUUAGAUUACUCUGGGCUCUCACUGGGCACUCAAUACAACAACAAGGUGCUUCCGGGUGAGUGUUUAUUGUGAGAUUGGCACUCCUUGUGCACACAAGUUUUUUGCAAUGAUGUAAUUGGCAUCAAAACACCAGUCUAUUAAAAAUAAAUAAAAUCCUUAUGUAAUCCUGAUUUACUCUUUCUGGGAGAUAUCCAAGAAUUCAAAAAAACUCUAUUGCCAAAAACCUGAUUGAAACAUAUCAGUGACUCAUUUACAAAUCAAACCUUCAUCUGGAAGCAUCCUUUGACUCCAGUUAUUAGCUUACGGUGGCAGCAGCGCUGACCAAGUCUGCAGAGGUUCAGGGCAUUUGAUGUCUACAAAUAUAUGCUUGCCUUUUCUAGGUAUUGGUGCCAGAAGCUACCUGUGCUAUAAAAGAAAAAGUAACAUUUAUUCCCAGUUUUAAAAUAUAGCCAGGGCUUUUUCUUCAGCUAGAGCUGAGCUCCGGCCCCUCUCAGAUAGGCACCAUUGCCACUCUAAGAGAACAAGGGAGAAAUUCAUGGUGAGCUCCAGCACCUCUUUUUCUAGAAAAAUAGCACUGAAUAUAACAUAUAGUAGGGAAAAAAGCAGAGCAAUUCAAACAUACCUUUUUCAAAUCCAUAAGCCUGCCUUUGCCAACUUGGGGUCUUGAGAUAUUUUGGACUACGACUCCCAUCAGCCCCAGGCAGCAUGGUCAUUCUAGCUAGGGCUGAUGGGAAUUGUAGUCCAAGAUGGCUGGAGGGUACCAUGUUGGGGAAGGCUGCUUUAGCUUAAAGAACAAACCAUGUAAAUCUCUGAAUAGUAUUGGUGGUAGUAGGGUAGAUGAACCUUGUGCCUAAGGCUGUGUGCAGUGCACAGACUGCUAUUAUUAUUAUUAUUAUUAUUAUUAUUAUUAUUAUUCCCCUUUCAACAUAUAUAAACACAUAAUGGAACAUUAAACAUUAAAAAAACCUCUCAAUUCAGGGCUGCCUUCAGACAUCUUCUAAAGGUUGUGUAGUUACUUAUCUCCUUGGCUCAGGGGUCACAGUACUACAUAGCCUCCCAACAUUUCUCUGGUGAAAAUAGGGAUGUCAUAAGUAAAAGCGGGACAUUCCAGGACCAAAUCAGAAACCAGGACAGCUUCUGUAAAUCCGGGACUGUCCCUGGAAAAGAGGGACACUUGAAAGGUCUGACAGCCUAAGCGGGAAAUUGGAGAAAGCUAGAAACAAGAUGGUCAGCUACUUUUUUUCUUGUAGAUGAUCUCGGGGCUCGUCCAGACCUCCGCCUAAUGUGAGCUUUGAACCCCUGGUACCUCCUUUAAUUUACCCUCAUCUGUGCGAUGUUCUCCUCUAAAUACUUCUGUCCCACACUUUGUCCUGCUUAAAGCUGUAGACUCCCUAUAUGCAAUCCACAUAGCUCUCCUGUUUGGAUUUUCAAAGUAUGGGGAGACUCUGGAUUUAAGGAGGAGAAAGAGCAGGGCAAAAGUAGUUGGAGGAGACUGCCACAUGGAUGAUGAAGAGGAAUUAAACGAGACCCAAGGGGUUCACAAUCCACAUUCAGCCAAGGUAUUUUAUAGGCCCCCAUUCUUGGGGGGUGGGGUGGGGUGGAGGAGCUUCUGUUGAAGCUCCAUCCCUUCCUAGCAAAACUAAUCUGGCUGCCGCAAUCCAGGUGAAACAAAAGCUCCAAAUGCAAACCCACAAAAGGUCCGAAUUUUGGAACAGCAAACCAGCACUGGAAAAGAUCAAACAAUUCCCCCGCAGGGCAUGAAUGUUUGUUUUAGCUCAGGAAAUGCUCAUCUUUGUUGUUUUCUAAAGGAUUAAGCAGAGCACCACGCUCCCACCUGUAACAUUUGACUAAAAGCUCUCCCCAGCCUGAUGCAGGCUUCCAUCACAGGUGCAGGUUCUUUCCAUGGGCAGAUCCCAAUGGGGCAAAUGGAAGAAAAGAGCUCCUGCCUCAUUAUCCUGGGCUGGCUGGCACAGGGAUGGGCACUCUCAAAAAGGUCAAAAACAUACAAACAAAUAGCCGGUUUAAAGGCAUGACUCAAGAGACAUAAUGAAGUGAACAAUGGGCAUUUUUGCGAGUGCGAAACGAAAUCCUUUGUUGCAAAGGGCUGGCACACGGUUCUCUGCACAAGGGGCAGUUGUUUGUAGGAAGAGGCUGCACCACUUAGCCAAGCUGAAUGUUUUAUUCAUAGCACUAGAAAUCACGGACAUCCAAUGAAGCCAAAUGUUAGAGGAUUUAGAACAGACAAAAGAAAACCCUUCUUCACACAGUGGAACUCACUCCCACAAGAGGGUACCGACAGCCACCAGACUGGAGGGCUUUAUUUAUUUUAAUUUUUUCCCAUUUUUUUUAUUAGUUUUCCAAAUUUAUAACAAACAAAAAACAUCAAAAACAAACAUACAAACAUUUAUCCUAGCUAUAACAGUUCCACUUUUGUUAACAUUGUUGGGUGACUUCCUCGAAUCCCCCUGGCUGAGUUUCCAUAUAAAUCCUUGUAGCAGUUUUCCAAAACUAUUUUCACAUAAAAUUUACUUAGUCAAUUAACAUCUUUCUUUCUUUUCAUUUCAGCUUUUAACAUAGUAUUCUACACCAUCACAUAUUUAAAUCCUAGGCCUAUCUGGUACUCGCAAGUAAUUCUAUUUAAGUUAUCUUAAAAUAUUUAGCCAAGUAAUCUUUGAAUUUCUUCCAUUCCUCUUGGUACUCCUCCUCCUUCUGGUCGCGGACUCUUCCGGUCAGGUCGGCUAACUGGAGGGCUUUAAAAGAGUGUUAGACGAAUUCAGUGGCUACUAGACACAAUUACCAGAGGUGGCUGGAAACUGCAGGAGGGGUGUAUGCUCUUGUGCUCAGGGAUGCUUAAGGGUUUCCCAUGGGCAUCUGGUUGGCCACUGUGAGAACACGAUGCUGAACUAAAAGAGCUCUGGCCUGCUCCAGUGGGCUCUUUUGUUAUUAUUACUAUUGUUGUUGUUUAGUCGUUUAGUCGUGUCCGACUCUUCGUGACCCCAUGGACCAGAGCACGCCAGGCACUCCUGUCUUCCAUUGCCUCCCACAGUUUGGUCAAACUCAUGCUGGUAGCUUCAACAACACUGUCCAACCAUCUCGUCUUCUGUCGUCCCCUUCUCCUUGUGCCCUCCAUCUUUCCCAGCAUCAGGGUCUUUUCCAGGGAGUCUUCUCUUCUCAUGAGAUGGCCAAAGUAUUGGAGCCUCAGCUUCACGAUCUGUCCUUCCAGUGAGCACUCAGGGCUGAUUUCCUUCAGAAUAGAUAGGUUUGAUCUUCUUGCAGUCCAUGGGACUCUCAACAGUCUCCUCCAGCACCAUAAUUCAAAAGCAUCAAUUCUUUGGCCUUCAGCCUUCUUUAUGGUCCAGCUCUCACUUCCAUACAUCACUACUGGGAAAACCAUUAUUACUAUUAGUAUUUUUAUUAAAUUUGUAUACUGCCCUAUAACCGUCAGUCUCAGGGUGGUUCACAACACAAUUGUUACAGUAUACAAAGCACAAAAUACAUAAGAAAAAUAAUCAAAACACAAAAUACAUAAGAAAAAUAAUCAAAACAAAAAGGCAGGCUCUUAUCAUGUUCAUAUUAGUUUCUGACUCCCAUAGUUUUAACAAUAGCUACAAGAAAAGGCACCCCAUCUAAAUUAGAUUGCUGAAGCAAAUAAAGUUUGUGGGGAAACUAGAACUGAAUUUGUGUGUGAAAGGACCAUGAGAUGAGUUCUGGUCCUGAAAGCAAAUUGCUGGGCUAAGUAUGUGCACAGAGUAUGGAUGGGGGAGAAAUCCAAUAUUGUUUGCAUUUUAAAGAGACCCUACUAAUUUAAUCUCAGAUCAAUACAUGAACCGAAACACAGCUAUCCUCUGAAAUUUGCAGUUGUCCAACCAUUGUGUGCAAAAAUGCAUAUAGGAAGGGAACAGUAUGCAUAAAAAUAUGUGCAUUUGUGAAAACAAUGUAUCGAAGUACAUUAUAUUAGGGGAAAUAGUUGUAAAAUGUGUAUAUUAGCUAAAACCGCACACAGGAUGUUUAUCGGAGAAAAUUCACACUAAAAUGCUGACAAAUUUUCAGGAGGACUUUAAAAAAACAAAAAUGCAAAUUGCUGCAGAAAUGUAAAGAACCAAAUUUAAGAAUGCAAAAAAGAGAAACCAAAACUAAUGGACUCCUCCAUCCCUACAUGUGCUUUCUUUGGGGAAAAGGCUGUGCUGGCUGCAGUUUUUGGGAGCUAUAGUGCAAAACAUCUGUAGGGCAUCAGUUUGUUGGAGGCUGCAUUGAUCUCUGCCCUUCAGUCCACCAAAAUCCAUCAGGCUUCACCCCCUAUGUUACCAAAACCACCCAGGCUUUGUCCCUACCCAUUGAUCAGGGAGUGGCGUCAAUAGCAUUGCCUUGUUUUAUCCUCACAACGACCCUGCAAAGUAGACUGGACUACCUAGUGAAUAACCUGGCUGAGUGGAGAACGUAUGGGCCUCCUCACUGAUUAAGCAUUGGGCACAGAAUGAAGUCCCUUUUGGGUGUCCCCCUCCCUGCUCAUGCUUCUUUCUUUGGUUCAGUCCCUGCAGACUACGGCAAGCGGGUUUACCAAGGAGUCCGGGUCAAGCACACGGUGAAGGACCUGCUGGCUGAAAAGCGUUCAAGGCAGACCAGCAGCUCGCGGCUGAACGUAAGUGCAUGUUGAAGAGUGCAGUGUGAUCUGGAGCAAGGAUGCUGAACUGUAGGCUUGAGAACUCUAUCCAGCCCUCAGGACUCUCCCCAGGCUUCUAGGCCAUGCCCCACACUGGCCCUGUGCCCUUCUUGAGUGCAUUUGCUUGGAUGAAGGAUGGGGAGAUGGAGGUGUGCAUGUCUUGCAUGGUUGCAGAAACCUCUGGCUUGCGUGUGGCUGGAAUGUAACCAGCCAUUGCACAGAGGUAAAAGUCACAUCCAUUGUUGUGACUCUGGCCUCACCCAUGUCAAGGCUUUUCCCAGACAAAGGAAUGCAUGCACACAGCAGACAGUUAAGUAUUAUUGUCAAAUAUAACACUUCUGCAGCUCUGCAGACCUACGUACACCAAUCUAACAGCUAGGCAGCUAUUUCCAGGUCCAUGCUCCAUGGAGCGGUCGCAUCAACAGGAGACCACUCCCCCUUAACCAGUUUAUGUAUCUUCCCCUGAUAGGCUGCACAGAUGCAAGCAGAGACUGUGCCUGCGUGGAAACUUCCUCUGCUCAUUCCUUUUCAUUCCCCUGCUGGUUCUGGGAGACAGAGAUGCAGGAGAGGGUGGGGAAGCUCCUGGCUUUUCAUUUGCCUGACCUGCCUCUUCCUCCGACCCAUCCCGUGCUCCACCCUCCAGCUCUGAAGCUUUCCUUGUCUCUGAUUCUUGCCUACUGGCUAGUACAGGUCCCCACAAACCAUUGCCUCCCUCUUUUGAGUCUAGGCUCCAGCUAGCCCUGCACUUGGUGUGCACUCAUCAGCGUCUUGCUGGUCCCUGAUAUCUUUGGAAGUAUGAAAGAGGUACAUACUGAAAGCAGAUCUCAAAAAGCGCACUAAUGCCAAAAGCUGGGUAAUGAUCAGUGCUGGUCUGCCUGCAAACCAGCAAAGCCGCAGAACAAAGCUGAAACCUCUUUGGCCCUUUAGAAUUGCCCUUUGCAGACUCUGGACCACAAGUGUUCCCCAGAUGUUCUCCAAAUGCUCAGAGAUUCCCCAAAUAUCUGAAAUCUGUAUUUGAUGUUCAAUGGUAUUUGAUUUCAGCAUUUGACAGUUGAAGUACGGCAGCAUUUGACAGCUGACAUGUGGUGGUGUUUCAUACCUUACAUUGAUGGAUGUCUCAUACUUGAUGUUGAUGUUUCAUACUUGAUCCUGAUGGCACAAAUAGCAUUUAGUCAACUGGCAUCAUGCAAUGGCAUAUGGAAUACGACAGUAUUUAGUAUAUGACCACCUCUUAGGUGGUUUCAUAUUUGAGGGCUGACAAAACAACGAUGAGUUGCCAGCAAAGCCACAUGUCUUUCAAGUCUUGGGUAAAAAUUCACCUUCGAAAAUGUGAAGAGGAUUUAAAGAUAGAGAUACAGAUCCAAAAUCUGAAUGACAAAAUCAAGCUUAGAAGUUAGAACUACCCUGCAAGGUAGGUCUCCACAUUUUGCAGAUGUGGAGCUGAGGUUAGGAAUGUCAGAGAAUUUGGAAGGAAAUGGGAGUAUACCUGUAUACAUUGUUCAGCCUGGCCACUGAGGUCCAGCUCCGAGGGCCUUCUGGCAGUUCCCUCACUGUGAGAAGUGAGGUUACAUGGAAACCAGGCAGAGGGCCUUUUCGGUAGUAGUGGCUGCCCUCUGAAAUGCCCUCUCAUCAUAAACAACCCUCUGACUUUUAGAAGACAUCUGAAGGCAGCCCUGUAUAGGGAAGUUUUUAACGUAUGAUGUUUUACUGUGUUUGAUUUUUUAAUUUGCUGGAAGCUGCCCAGAGUGGCUGGGGCAACCCAGUCAGAUGGGCAGCAUAUAAAUAAUAAAUUGUUAUUAUUAUUAUUAUUAUUAUUAUUAUUAUUAUUAUUAUUAGAGGAAAUUGUCAAAGUUUGCUUAUUUGGCGCAUGUCUGGAGCAGAAAUAAAUCCAUAAUGUUAUGAGUAUUACUGUUGCUGUUGAUUUCAGUUUGAUAAAAUACGGUACGUAAUUGAUUACAUACCCCAUUUGCAUUAUGCUUCCUUUGCACAGGAAUGAAGGGGGUGGAAUAAUGUUAAUGGAAACAUAAUCUAUGCAGUUAAUCAUCUCAGUUAUGUAUAUUCGCUACAGGGGGCAGUGAGGUGAAUAGGGUGGUUCUUGGUGGCAGGUGAACCGUGGCUGAAGGGAAACAGUGCUGCAUAUGAUGGAUACAGGGCAAGACAGAAAACAAUGCCUUCUUGCAUCCCUAGCUGAGGCUGAGAGAAUAACAGCUCGCCUAAGGAUGCUGAGUGGGUGGCUGUAGGGCAUCAGCAAACAGUGAACCAAAGACCUCUUGGUUCACAGCCAGAUUUGCCUCUCAGAGUCAAUACACUCCAGCAGCUAUCAAUGGGUCCAUUCAACCCAAUCCAAAAGCUACAGUGUGGGAACAAACUUCCUUGUUUGCACAGAGCCCAGGCGGCACUCUGGUCAGUCUUGCAACUGUGUUGUCACAGUUGUCGCAAAACAGAUACUAUAACCCUGAAAGCAAACAGCAGGUGAGUGGGGGUGAUUCGGCCAGCUGAUGAGGAAGGAGCUUGCCUUUCCUUGGAACUGAUAUCUAGUGCACCCAAAACUCUGAUUUGCCAAAGCAAAACAAAAAACAAAAACAAAACUUUUCAUGGGCAGAUGAUUCUAGACCUGUCUGUGGAGAAAGAGGGUGGAGUUCAUCAGAUGGCCUCUUGUCUAAAUGAACCAUCAACACUGUUGGGAUUUUGAAGGCCUGGCUCUUACCUGACAAUCACGAGAGGCACAAUUUGCAUGGUGAUGAUAUAUGCCCUGUUUGCAUUUUUUAUUUCCCAGGAGGGUAGACUUGGGCUUCAUGUGUGCCGUGGAUCAACAGGGGUUAGCCAGGGGCAGUGGCAUAGCGUGUGUUGCCAGCACCCGGGGCAAGGCAAGUAUCCUUGGCUCCACUCGCUAAUAGGUUGUAACGGACGGGCAAUGGCUCGGCGACCUACCUGAGUGGCAGGCACAGCACCCCACGAGUGUUGAGUACGGCAGAGAGCGGGAUGGGAGAUAGGUUGGGAGCGGGUAUCAUUCUAAAGCACCAUAGCAACCAGCCUUUUCCCAGAUCCUCUCCUCUGUCAGCCGGGAGAUUUUCUGUGUGAUGGGGAGGGCACACUAUUUUUAAAAUUUUUCAUUACUUCUUUCUUCUGAAAUUUUGUGCUCCUAAUAAUUUUGUGCCCAGGGCAACUGCCCCUGUGGCCUCACCCAUGAUAUGCCAGUGGACAGGGGAUUCAUUUAGGAAAAGCAGUCCCUUACAAAAUGCCACUCACAUUUCAGGCCACACAUUCUCCUCCUCCUCCUCCAUAUCUGGCCCGUUCUGCACAUCUCUGGCUCUGUGCAUCUUUUUCAUUUGGAAAUGGGACUUGAUAGUAUAAAACUAUCAACUAAAAAGGGUUUCCCCACUGUAAACCCUUCAGGACAAGCACCUGUUGCCCCUUCAUAGUUUUUUUUUUUUUUAUAAGAUCUUUAUUAAGAUUUUUUGAAAUAUUGCAGUAAAAAUGAAAAAGAAAAGAGAAAAAUACAAAAUAAAAACAGUUUAAAACACACAUAUUUUCUAUUACUUAUUUUCCUUUAGCUUAUUUCCCGGACCUCCUCAUACCUCCCUUUUUUGUAUUUCAUUUCAAUUUAUUGGUUCAGCAAAUCCUUACCAUUAGAUUUUAACCCAUUUAUAACCCUUUUUUCAUAUUCUCUUAGAGCAUUACAGCUGGAAACCGCUUAAUUACUAUCCAACAUCAUUCUAUCAUUCAUUAAUUUUGCAAAAAUUUCUGUAGAUAGUCUUUAAAUUUCUUCCAAUCUUAUUCCACCGACUCUUCUCCCUGGUCUCGGAUUCUGCCAGCCCCUUCAUAGUUUGUAAAGCAGCAGCAAUGACAAUAUCCUAUCGUCUCCUUCCAGCUGUAAACUCAGCGGGUGAGUGCCAACUGCCGUAUAGUUAGGGAUGGGUGAACCUGUCAAAUUCAGUUUCUUAUUUUUCCAAAUUUAAGUUCAGUUUUCCAUAUCUCCGCGUUAUUUUGAGAAUCUUUUUUACAAGGUCUUUAUGAAAAUUCAUCAGCAUUUCAGUGCAAAAAUUCUCCUAAUACGCACACAAACACACCCCUCUUUGUAUGUAAUUUUGCCGAAUACAGUGGUACCUCAGGUUAAGUACUUAAUUCAUUCCGGAGGUCCGUUCUUAACCUGAAAUGGUUCUUAAUCUGAAGCACCACUUUAGCUAAUGGGGUCUCCCGCUGCUGCUGGGCAAUUUCUGUUCUCAUCCUGAAGCAAAGUUCUUAACCCGAGGUACUAUUUCUGGGUUAGCAAAGUCUGUAACCUGAAGCAUCUGUAACCUGAAGUGUAUGUAACCUGAGGUACCACUGUACACACAUUUUUGCAAAGCGAUGUCCCCAAAUAUAAAGCAUUUUUGUAUGUUAUCUGCACCAGCAUAUGUAUUUUUUGGCACCCCCCUCCCCAAUAGAGACAUUACUAGGCUGGAGAACAGCAUUGUGACAUUUGGAGAAUUGUGAAUUCUCAAGGAUGGCUGCGUUUCCAUUCACCUACUGAUUUAGGAAGUGCCAAUUUGGAGAAUUUGCCUCAAAAUGCAAACUUGAUUGAAUUUCCCAUCUUUCUCUACUUGUAGCCAAAACAGGGGAAAGCAAGAGGAAUGUACCAGCAUGUUCAGGAGAACCCAGAAAUUUGCAUUUCUAAAAAUAAAAGAAGGGGAAACCUAAAUUAAACAAAUAAACAAGCCCCAAAAGCAGAGGGCAUGGCCAGUGGCCACGGAAUGCUGUCUGUCUGUUUGGGGAAUGAAGGAGAAAAAUGGGAGAUGGAAUGAAGUUUCCUGAAAGGGGGUAUGGUUUCCCAGCUGGAAUCCUGAACAGCAGCAUUCAAGUCAGCAACAUUCUGUUGCAGACCUCUACCUAUUGAUUAUUUUAUAAUUUUACAUUCUUAUGAUGUUUUAAGAUUUUAACUGUACAUUGCCAUGAUAUUUUUCUUAUGAGAAGGGCUUUUUUUCCAGCCAGAACUCACCGGAACUGAGUUCUGUCACUUCUUUGGUGCAUUCCGGCACCUUUGUAGCAUUGGGAGCCAGUGUGGUGUAGUGGUUAAGAGGGAUAGACUCGUAAUCUGGGGAACCGGGUUCGCUUCCCUGCUCCUCCACAUGCAGCUGCUGGGUGACCUUGGGCUAGUCACACUUCUCUGAAGUCUCUCAGCCUCACUCACCUCACAGAAUGUUUAUUGAGGGGGAGGAAGGGAAAGGAGAAUGUUAGCCGCUUUGAGACUCCUUCGGGUAGUGAUAAAGCAGGAUAUCAAAUCCAAACUCCUCUUCUUGCGGAGGCAGGAGAAGAAAAGCUUUUUUUAAAAAAGGUUCUCUCUCUAAAAGCUCAACCACUUGGGUUGGCCGUUACCCUGUUCCACCUCUUUUUCUAGGAAAAAAGCCCUGCUUAUAAGUUACCGUUUUGUAAAUAUUCUUAUAAAUUAAACAACACUUAUUGUGCAGCCAUUUUUAUUGUGCAGCAACGUCCAGCCACUUUUGAUUGAUGGGGUCUGUGUGGAGAGGGUAACAACGUUCAGAUUUUUGGGCAUUGAAUUACAAGAGGAUCUGUCCUGGAGUGUCAACACAAGGGGGCUUGUGAAGAAGGCGCAGCAGAGACUGUACUUUUUGAGAAUACUAAAGAAAAACCAGCUUCCGCAGAAACUGCUGCUUGCCUUCUAUCACUGUGCCAUUGAGAGCGUGCUCACUUAUGGCUUAUGUGUGUGGUACGGAAGCUGUACUACCCAGGACAGGAUGGGGUUGUGCAGGGUUGUUAAGGCAGCAGAGAGCAUUGUUGGCUGCCCACUCUCCACCUUAGAGCAGAUUUAUGCCACAAGGUGCCAUAGGAAGGCACUGGACAUAGUAAAAGAUCCAUCGCAUCCUGGUCACUGUCUCUUCGAGCUCUUGCCGUCGGGACGGAGAUACAGGACGAUGAAGACAAGAACGAGCUGUCUUAAGAACAGCUUCUUCUCCAGAGCGAUCUCGGCCCUGAAUGGGAAGCCCGGACUUUGAAAGUCAUCUAAUCUCCCUUGCUGUAUUAUACUGUAUUGAUUAAUUAGAGUUUUUAUGGAGCAGUCAAGUAAUUUCGUUGUCCCCGAAGGGGGCAAUGACAAUAAAGAUAUUAUUAUUAUUAUUAUUAUUAUUAUUAUUAGUGCUAGAAUAUCCCAGACAUCACUAAAUGCAAACCAGCAAGAAUAAUAACUAUUUCUAGAAUUUGCAAAUGCUCCUUUUUAAAUACUCAGGGCAAUUCCAGACUCUCAAUAUUUUCAAAUGGGGUUCAAUCACACACCAGCAAAUUGAGGUUGUGCGGUUAUACCUUAUAGGGAGGUUUUGUGCAACAAACCCACUUCCCCAAAAGAUCAGACUUAUUCUGCAAAAAGGUGACACAACAAGGCACUGGAAAGUGUGGGAGAACAUUUGCCUUGAUGCAACUGCAUAUGAUCUUUAAGAAUUCUUGGAGAACAGGUGGGGUCCCUGCAGACUGCAGGUGGGCAAAUGUUGUCCACAUCUUCAAAAGGGGGGGGGGAGACCCAGGUAACUACCAACUGGUGAGCUUGGCAUUGAUACUGGGAAAGGUCCUAGAACAGAUCAUUCAACGGUCGGUCUGUGAGCACUUAGAAAAGGAUGCUGCGAUUACUAAGAUGCAGAAUGGGUUUCUCAAAAACAAGUAAUGCCAGACGAAUUUCAUUUUUUAAAAAUGGAGUUACAGGCUUGGUGGAUCAGAGGAAUACUGUGAAUGUAGUGUACAGUGGUACCUCAGAUUAAGAACUUAAUUUGUUCUGGAGGUCCGUUCUUAACCUGAAACUGUUCUUAACCUGAAGCACCACUUUAGCUGAUGGGGCCUCCCACUGCCGCCAUCGCACGAUUUCUGUUCUCAUCCUGAAGCAAAGUUCUUAACCCGAGGUACUAUUUCUGGGUUAGCGGAGUCUGUAACCUGAAGCAUCUGUAACCCGAGGUACCACUGUAUCUUGGUAUCAAAGCAUCUUGAUUUUAGUAAGGCUUUUGACAAAGGCCCCCUUGGUAUUCUUGCAGAGAAGCUGGUAAAAUCUGGACUGGAUGAGAUAACUGUUAGGUGGAUUUGUAGCUGGUUGAAUGACUGGACCCACCCAGUGGCUCCACACUGCCAGUGAUUUUGAGGAGUCAUUGGCUCCAGACAUCCCUGCCCCAGUACUGAAGGUCCCUACCUUAGGGAGCUUGUAUUGCUGGAGAGCUCCUGCCAGCCAGAGCCAAUAAUACUCAGCUUGGUGGACCAGUGUUUUGAGUCAGUGGAAGGCAGCUUGGUAGGUAACCUAACAAACCCCCCAGAGCGAUGAUGUGAAUUGGUUUUUCCAAAACAAUCCCUGGGAAGGUGUCAGUUUCGAGUUGCUGAUGGAAUAUUGCAUCGCUUCCCCCCUGCCCUGCGGUUUGUAACUACGGCAAGAUCCAAUCAGCUCAUUUCCAUGGAAGAGCACAUGGCCAGGUGGGAAGCUGAGCGUUGUUAACCCGAAGGAAGUCUUGACACUGGCAAAUUUUAAUUCAAAUCCAAACCUCUAAAUUUGGUUGCUUGCCAUGUCAGGAACUUCCUAUUUGCACUAUGCAAACUGGAAGGCGGUUCAAGGCCAAUGGGAGCACUUCCUACUCACUGCAGUAGUCUUGUUUUUAGUGGAGGAUGGAGGUUUGGGCGAGAAUGAAGUGGCCCAGUUUGUAUUGAGAGAAGGGAGCUCUCUCACACAUCAGCCUUUACAAACCUAGUAGUGCCUUCCAGAUGUUUUUGGACUGCAACUCCCACCAGCUGCAGCUGCUUGGGGUACCAGGUUGGCACAGUUUGUCCUGCAUCGCUGCCUUGUCACUAAGCUUAUGCUAGCACUUCAAGCUUGCUUCACUGGCCCCAGAAUUUCACUGGGAUUCCCAAGGUAUUACCCAGUCAAACCUGGUAAACGUGAGAGGGAAAUGAUUAAGAUUUCAACACCUUGCUCUUUUUCCUUUCAGGGAAGUCUUGCCACAACACAGUCGUCAUUUGUCCCACUGGCAGGUGAGUAUAUUCCUUCCUCCAAAAAGCCCAUGGGGACAUAGAUGGGUUGUGCUGGUUUGUCUUUCUUGAAACAACUCAGUGAGCAUGAGAUGCCAUAGACACGUGUGUGUGUGUGUGUGUGUGUGUGUGUGAGAGAGAGAGAGAGAGAGAGAGAGAGAGAGAGAGAGAGAGAGAGAGAGAGAGACUGAGUGACUGACUGAGAGAUAGUUAAAUAUCUCCCAAAAAAAUCUCCUGGUCACGAUUAGUGGGAGAGAAAUAAUUUUCAAGGCAAUGCUAAGGAAGGGAAAGAGAAGGGUUAAAGUGAUAGAGUUGAUUUCUAAAGAAGCAAGAUGGACUGUAGAGAAAUCUGUGGCUUGUGCAAUUUAGGAACUGACUAUAGGGUAUUCAACUAAGUUUUACUCAGAGUAAAAAGGUAAAGGUAAAGGUACCCCUGACCAUUAGGUCCAGUCAUGGACGACUCUGGGGUUGCGCGCUCAUCUCGCUCUAUAGGCCGAGGGAGCUGGCGUACCGCUUCCGGGUCAUGUGGCCAGCAUGACUAAGCUGCUUCUGGCAAACCAGAGCAGUGCAUGGAAAUGCCGUUUACCUUCUUGCCGGAGCAGUACCUAUUUAUCUACUUGCACUUUGACGUGCUUUCGAACUGCUAGGAAGGCAGGAGCUGGGACUGAACAACGCGGGGAUUCGAACCGCCGACCUUCCGAUCGGCAAGCCCUAGGCUCAGUGGUUUAGACCACAGCGCCACCCGCAUCCCUUUUACUCAGAGUAGAUCUAUUUAAAUUAAUGGACCAAACUUAGUCAUGCUCAUUAAUGGCAACUCUGAGUAAAACAUAGCUGAAUGCUGCCCAGAGCAAUACAGGCAAGAAUUGGCCACAACAGCUGUGCAAUAGGCCAUUGGCUAGUGGAUAAUUGUAUGGCUAUUCAACUGAGUUUAGGGGGUCUAAAGCAAACUGGAAAUUCUGAACUAUGGGCAGGGUGGGAAACCAUUAAAUCUGAAAGCAUUAGAUGGGGGAUGUUUUGAGCAGACGCCCUGUGAAAAACAAGUGAACAAAGUGUGGCUAAUUCAUAAUAAAUCUGCAGUGUGGAAGCAGCCAGAGCGUUUCUUCAUUCACAACUACUGUUUUUACCUCUAUGCAAAUGCAAUCAAUUGUUCAUCUCAACCUUAAUACAAUUAAUCAGCUGUGAUUACUUUAAUGGGUUGGCAGCUCAAACAUUAGUGUGUGUAUUGAUAUGCUGUGUCUAUCCCCACGUCAACUCACUCCCUGUUGGCUUCUGGUGCUAUGGUAACUGAUUUCUCCACUGCCAAUAGGUUCUUCUGCUAUGUCUGGUUACUAUGGCAUCCGAAGAUCCCUAAUGGCAGAUGUGGAUUUACAAAACAAUAAGCAGAUCUCAAGUGACAUCUACACUUCCUCCCUCAUAGCAAAGCCAUUUGCGUAUGAAUCACCGGCAGUUCAGGGAUAUCCUUCGCUUCUAGACACCCAUUUCAUUGACCAAUAUGCUGACCACCGAACUGCAUCUGUCACCUCUGGAGCCUCGUCCCUCUUUAGUGCCUCGUCGCCACUGACGUCGGUCAUGCCAUCCUUCCCAAGUGACUCGGCACAUUUUUUAAGUGUAAGUACAUAAGAUAGAACACACUAGGCCCAUUAAGCUGGAUCAAGCCCAAAGGCCCAUCUAGUCCAGCCUCCUGUUCUCACAGUGGCCAACCUGGAGCCAGCGUGGUGUAGUGGUUAAGAGCGGUAGACCCGUAAUCUGGUGAACCAGGUUCGCUUCCCCGCUCCUCCACAUGCAGCUGCUGGGUGACCUUGGGCCAGUCACACUUCUCUGAAGUCUCUCAGCCCCACUCACCUCACAGAGUGUUUGUUGUGGGGGAGGAAGGGAAAGGAGAAUGUUAGCCGCUUUGAGACUCCCUAGGGUAGUGAUAAAGCGGGAUAUCAAAUCCAAACUCUUCUUCUUCAUCAUCUGGGGAACCCCCAAGCAGGACUUGAGUGCAGCAGUUUGCUCCCCACUUGAGAUUCCCAGCAAUUGGUCUCCAGAGGCAUACUGCCUUGGACAGUGCAGGUAGAAAAGAACCAUCAUGGCUAGUAGCCAUUGUCCUACCUAGCAGAUUCUUCUAUCCAAGAGCUUAAGAAGAACCUUGGUGGAUCAGGCCAAAAGCCAAUCAAUCAAACAAUCAAUAAAAUUUAUACCCUGCCCAUGUGGCUGAGACUCCCCAGCCAUUCUGGGCGGCUCCCAACAGAAUAUUAAAAACACGAUAAAACAUCAAACAUUAAAAACUUCCCUAAACAGGGCUGCCUUCAGAUGUCUUCAAAAAGUCAGGUAGUUGUUUAUUUCCUUGACAUCUGAUGGUAGGGCACCAAUACUGAGAAAGCCCUCUGCCUGGUUCCCUGUAACCUUACUUCUCGCAGUGAGGGAACUGCCAGAAGGCCCUCGGAGCUGGACCUCAGUGUCCGGGCUGAACGAUGGGGAUGGAGACGCUCCUUCAGGUAUACUGGACUGAGGUUGUGUAGGGCUUUAAAGGUCGCACCAACACAUUGAAUUUUGUGCUUGGAAACAUACUGGGGGCCAAUGUAGGUCUUUCAGGACUGGUGUUAUAUGGUCUUGGCAGCCACUCCCAGUCACCAGUCUAGUUGCCGCAUUCUGGAUUAGUUGUAGUUUCUGGGUCACCUUCAAAGGUAGCCCCACGUAGAGCGCAUUGCAGUAGUCUAUCUAGUCACCAUUCUGUUCUCACAGGGGCCAACCAUAUUCCCAUUAUGGGAAGCCCUCGUGCAGGACCCUGAUGUGUCCCUGCAACAGUUAACUCUCUCAUGUAUGCACACACAAAUAAAUAAAUGGAGACUAUCUAGGGAAGGCCUUAUCAUGCCUCCCUGCCCAAGCUGCUACCUGUAACUCUGUAGAGAGGUUUGCUUCUUGACCCCCUUUCUAAGCUGUGGGCCGUUUUCUUCCUUGCAGAGAGACUCCUGGGAACAGGCCAUGCCUGACAGCCUUGGCCAAUCGGAUGUGUGUCCUCCCGACUCCCUUCAAGCACCUUCCAUCACUGCUGGCUGCCUCUCCUCUCAUGAGCCGGGAGUUUCCUCCCAGUACAGAAAUCCCAGCUGGAAUUCGCCCAUCUCUGGGACUCAGUCCUACUCUUUCCAUGCUCUGGACGACGUCCACUACGCAGCCGGCUACUCUGCUGCGUCUCCCUACCCAUUCUCAUCUUUUAUGUCCAGUGUGGCCAGUGACCUGACUCCCAAGAUGCUCCAGACCUCUUCAGAGGAGUCUUCAGACACAGCCCCUCUCCCCGACAACAGCUCCCUCUGGCCAAAGGAAGAUGGGAGCCCCCUUUGGGGGUCGUACGAAUGUCGAAGGACUUACUAA